AUGAUGGUUGGAAAAAUUUUGUUCUACAUACAUUUUGGACUUGUCUUCCACGUAGUGAUUUGUUUUAAGGAUACUGUUGAAGUGCCACGUUUCGAAGACAGCUUAAACAACCAGACAGUGUCAUUAGGAAGAGAAGCUGUGUUCACUUGUGUCGUCAAUGACCUCGGAUCUUACAGAGUGGCGUGGCUACGUGUGGACACGCAGACGAUCCUGACAAUAGCCACCCACGUGAUCACAAAGAACCAUCGCAUCGCUGUCAAUCACAGUGACAGGCGCAUCUGGUUCCUACACAUACACGACGUGCGACAGUCUGACCGUGGUUGGUACAUGUGCCAACUCAACACAGACCCUAUGAAAAGCCAAACAGCGUACCUUGACGUAGUAGUGCCACCGGAUAUUCUAGACUACCCUACAAGUAGCGACCAGGUGGCGCGGGAAGGCGCUAACGUUACACUCCGAUGUGCCGCACACGGGGUUCCAACGCCUGCAGUGGUCUGGAGGAAAGAAGCGGGAGAUCUGCUGCCAACAUUAAACUUUACAGACAACCAUAACUCGUCGGUGAAUGGUGCGGUGCUGCCCUUAGUGAAGGUAUCCAGGCUUCACAUGGGGGCGUACCUCUGCAUUGCGAGCAACGGGGUGCCACCUUCCGUCAGCAAACGAGUCAUGCUCGUUGUACAUUUUCCACCGAUAAUGACAAUACAAAAUCAGUUGGUGGGAGCAAUGGAAGGUGACACUGUGCAUCUUGACUGCCAUUCGGAAGCCUUCCCUAGAUCUAUUAACUAUUGGACGAUAAAUGGCCAAAUAAUAUCACAAACGGACAAAAAGUUUGAGGUCACGGCCGUAGAAAGAGGCUACGAAGUGGACAUGAGGCUAAAAAUAAAGAAAGUGGGACGUAAUACCUUCGGCACAUACAGUUGCAUAUCAAAAAACUCCCUCGGCGAUACUGAUGGGACUAUUAAAUUGUAUUCUCUCUCUGGUAAAUACGAGGAGAUGCAAUACAACGAAGUAGAUGGAAACUUCGAAGAAACUCUUAUUGUAAGCGAGUUGGAAGCGUUGAAACGGAGCUCUGCCAGUAUACUCGCGCCAGUACUAUCUCCAGUACUAGACAUUAUUGCCAUAUUA